AUGUCAGGCAAUAGUAAAACAUGUCCAGAAGAGUGCAAGGUGAUACCUGUGAAUGUCCGUCCAACAGUCCAAAACCCAAAGGUGUCAGAGCGCUGUGACUAUGUGUACGUCAAUGGGAAGGAGACAAGAGGCAAGAGCAGGGUGAUGCUCAACUUUACCUACAGUUUUCUAAGCGCCCAACUUGAGAUGAGUGUAUGGAUGCCCCGCUUGCCCUUGCUAAUCGAUGUGGCCGACCCCGAGCUCAGCCAGAUAAAGGGCUGGAGGGUCCCUGUCAGUGCAGGGAACAGAAGGUAUGAGAGGGUCACUGAUGACAAGGAUGAAGACAAUGGAGCUGAUGAGAGGACAGACAACAGCUGUGUGGCCCAGUAUCAGAGCACCACUCUGCGUGUCCUCACUCAUUUUGUGGCAGAUACUGGAGAAGUUAGAGGAGCCCCGGAGGAGGACGGACUGGGCCAGCAGAACUUCCUUUUGGGUAGUGACUGGCAGGUGGAGGUUACGCAACUGGUGAAGGAUUCUCUGAGGGUGGCGGACCCGAAGGUAGCGCAGCUGUCGGAGGGUCAAGUCCUAAUAGGACUGAGUGCUGGAACCACCAAACUACAGGUGCUGUCCCCUCUGACAUCAUCGGUCCUGGCUGAGAGGAGCAUCAGGGUGCUGGAUGAUAAAGUGAGUGUGACAGAGCUGGGAGUGCAGUUGGUAUCUGGACUCUCUCUGUCCCUGCAGCUCAGCCCAGGGAGUAACAGGGCCAUCGUCGCCACUGCAACCACACAGGAGGUCAUUGACUCACUAAAACAGGAGUCCCUCAUCAGUGCUUGGCUCCAGUUCAGUGAUGGAUCCAUGACUCCUCUAGACAACUACAACCCUGCCCAUUUUACCCUGGCAGCCACCUCUCUGGAUGAACAGGUGGUGAUGGUAAAGCGCAGUGCGGCAUGGAAGUGGCCCAUUGUUGUUGCUAAGGGCGAAGGUCAAGGUUUGCUUGUGCGUGUUGAAAUGAGCCCAUCAGAGGUGUGCCAGAAGGGAAAAAGGCGUACUGUCACAGCCACUGGAAUGGUAAAUAUACAAGUAAGAUUUGGUCAGCCAGGGGAGCAAUACAGACAACCAGGUGACCGGCGAACACGUCCUGAUCCUCCAUAUUAUGGUGGAUCUAUCUCUGACAUGGAAACUGGGUUAAUCAACCGCGGAGCCACAACCAUUAGAGGCCACGUCCCAGUGAGACCUAAUGGAGGGCGUCUAUCAGCGGACAGUGGGGCGAGGGUCCCAAGCGAAUUCUCUGAAUAUCCAGACAAGGCAGAGCUGCCUCGUAGCCGCAGCACUGAUGAGGACUUGUUACCGUCCCGACGAGGUCUGACAGACCUGGAGAUUGGUAUGUAUGCCCUGCUGGGAGUCUUCUGCCUGGCCAUCCUGGUUUUUCUAAUUAACUGCAUCUCUUAUGCAUAUAAGUACCGUAGCAAGCAGCUUUCCCUGGAGGCCCCAGAAGCAAUGCCCCAUGCCCACGACUGGGUUUGGCUGGGCCAAGAGGAGGGGCUAUGUCUGCAGCAACAGCAACAGGACGAGCUUGGUGGUACUCUAGAGGAAGGUAGUCAACUAUUAAAUGGAGGCGUCCAGCGUGGUAAUAAUGGUGUGGGAGGCUGUAGUUCGAGUGGGAGGGAUCACAGGAAUGAGUCGCUUAACUCACCCACUACCAAGAGAAAGAGGGUGAAGUUCACCACCUUUUCCAAUGUCAAGUCCAGUAAUGGAUGUCCUGUGCUCAGCCCAUUAGCACUAGUGCAGACCAGUGAGAUAAAAUGGGUAUGUCCGGACAUCGAGCUUGGGGACUCAAAGGAUCUUAGGAACUACAUGGAAAAGCUUAAUGAGAAUGCAAUUAAGAACAUUGCAUAGGGGGUACUGGGUGUUUUCAAUGAACUAAAGAGAAACUCACCUGAAUGCCUUCAGAAUAAAGAGGGAACGAGGGUUGGAGGGAGGAAAGGAAAGAGAAAAUGAAUAAGGGGUGCAUAACAGACCGGGGCUGCUGUAAAACUGUACUUCAGCAUAACAACAGUAAAGUGCAUUCAGCCGUUGUUGUUUCCAUGGCAGUGAAGCAACGGACUACAAAGAGACAUGAUUUGCCAUGGCACCACAGCAUAGUUAUGGGGAAAAUGUGAACUUGAUAUUGUUGCUUAACUUAAAUGUACGUUGUUUGUCUUUAAUUGAGGUUUAGUUCCCUUUUCUAUGCGCCAUGUACUUUGUUUUGUGUUUUAUUUUUUAAAUCAUCAUGUUUUAAUGUUGUAUUUGUUGCUUUUUUUAAAAGAGUUGCUGUAUGCUCCGUACCACAUGUCAGCGAUUAUAGAUUCUAGGAAAGAAGAGCAAAUUUUGUAUUGUAUAUAAACACAGAGUUUGAUUUUAAGGUAUUAUAUGUAUAGUAACAUUUUGUAACAAGUGCUGUUUGGUUUUGCUUAGGUUUUGUUUGUAGUUUAGUUUUUGUUUUGUCUCCAGAAGCCAGAUCCAUGCAUGAUGUUAUUAAUGAGGAGGCAUGUGUGUAUGAUCUGGUACCUGAAAUGAAAGUGUGUAGAUAACUAAUACCAAUACCUCUGGAGACAUGUCGGUUUAAUAUUAUUGCAUUCAUUCAUCAUGGAGCUGAGUUUUGGGUUGGUUUCAUUAUGUUAAUAUUGGUUUAAAAAGUUUUGUUAGCCCACACAUUUUCCCUUCUUAUGUUAAUGUUGUUAGUUAUGCAACUCCCUUUCAUUCAGUUGCAUACCUCAGAUAAAGUAGACUUUUUACACUACUUUAAAUCCUGAUACAGCCUGACAUUCAAUUAGAAAAUUAAUUAGUUACAUUCAAAAGAAAAAACACUAAUCACCAUCAAGAGAAUCAAUAGACAAUCACAUAAAUAAUGUAUGGAUCAAUCCCUUCAUUUAUAACGUUCCAUAAAAAUCAGUCCAGUUUACAAUUUGUAUGGCCUGAAUUAGGUUGAGCGACUGCUGUAUAUGAAAUAUUGGAGUCCUGACAGUGAAUUAACAAAAUUACCACAAACUGUGAAGUGAAAGCCCAAAGUCUGGCCUCUUCUUCGUUUUACCAUGUCAGUAUUGGUCCAUCGUUUUCUAUCUCUGUUUUAAAAUUGGCUGCUGGACUAAUUAAAACUGAGGGUGACUCUUCUCCA